AUGUAUACAGCUACAGACGUGGUCGUUCUCUCUUCUUCACCAGAUCAGAUUCCCUCUCUCACUCUAGCAAAGCCAAAAUGUGAUGCGGAGAAGGCGUUUGUCUUAUCACCGGUCUCUUCGUCCCCUUCAGCUUUGCCGUCUGCGUCAGAGCUGUUUCAACCACCCACGCGCUCGCGGUUUUUCAAAACUGGAGAUGGAAACGAGGGCUCGUCGAGGACUGCGAGAGAAGAGUCUGAAACAGGGACUAAACAGAAUGAUUUGGCUGCAUCGAGGAGAAAGAGGGCGGCUCGAGGAGGAAGACAGAAACGGACGAAAGAACAACCUACGAACGAGUCACAGACACUCUUUGACCAUCCUGAACCUCCCAUUCCGAAACACGUUGGAUGCACGUCCAAGAAAGGCACAGGAUCAAAGAAAAAGCGCACAGACGCUGCGAAUAAGUGCACUAAGUCGGAAAACAAAACGAUUACAGGGAAAGUGACGAAACCCGGCAUUACCGAGACUACAAAAUCUGAAGAUAAAACCAAGGAACUUGUGACAGCGGACGUUUCGACGGGAAAAAGUCCUGCGAACAAAUUGGAGUUGGAGAAGGAUGGCUUACAGCUUGAAGUAGCUAUGAAGAGAAGGCUAGAUUGGACGCCUACCAAGGACACCGGCAAGCAAGCCGUCGCAUUGGAUGAUACUGGGGACAAUAAGACUCGCUUCGGCGAGCUUUUAUCCGAAUAUGGCUUUUUGAAAGCCGCCACCGAUUCUCAAGGUGACUCGAAACUUUCUGAUGGCGCUCCAACGAAGCGCAGGCGACUUGAGCUUGUAGACACUCGAACCCCAUCAACUUCUAAGCGGACAUCGCCGGACGCUGAUAGCGACCGUUCAAAUGUCCGCAGCACUCGAUCCUCGAAAGCCCCAGCAGCCGAAGGGAAGCCGAAGAAAAGAAGCAGAAAGAUUACAACUCUUACUGGCCGUGUGACAGCCCUUUACACCAAUGAUUGUACAGAUCACUUGGAUGCAGCAAAUACCAUGAUUAGCCCCUCAGACGAUGUCAGCAGCAAAUUGUUCUCUAAAUCCUUGGAUAUCGACUCUUGUGUUCUUCCUCCUGAGGAUGCCGUCGAUUACUUGAAGGAUCAGGAUUUGAUCUUCGGAACGUGCAGUCAGUUGGAGCGGGAAGACUCGCCAACGAUGCUCAGAGAUAUGCAAAAGGCAAUACGCGCAUCGGAAAAUAGUAUGAUUGAAAACCGCAAGCCUUCUUCGACCACAAGGGCAGGGUCUGGGUUAUAUUCUCAUACUGCAGUAUCGCGCUUCCAAACUCCAAGAGAUUUGUGGUCUGUCGCAGCCAGAGAUAUGGAUGGAUCCCUAGCUGAAAUUGAGGUGCUGGAUAUGGUAGACAUUACCGACAUUUCCGAGCUUCCGCCAAAACCCAAUGGCGAGCUACCGGACAGAAGUGAAAAGAAUGACAAGGACACAGUGUCUCAGGGAGAAUCUUUCCGGCCUGUAGAGAUCACUGAUGAAGUUGAGGUUGAAGUCGAUGUACGCACGGAAAACUUGGCAACAAGCGAAACUAACCCGGGAGAAACUGCUUGCGGGGCGUCAGAACUUCGUCCAAGGCCACGAUUCGCUGAUUGGAAGGACUCUGAUUUGUUAAAACAAGUCAGAUUGUACGGUUUCAAGCCAAUGAAGAGUCGCAGGAAGAUGAUUGAAGUGCUUGAAAGAUGCUGGAAAGCACAACACGUGAGCACGCGGACCGGUGUCCAAGAUGUUCCCGGAAAACCAGACGACGGUUCGGCGGGAAAGGCUGGCACAAUCAAAUCUCAGACCAACAAGCAAGCCUCGAAAAUGGAUGCAGCUGAGAAGACGAGGAAGGCGAGCGCAUGUCUCAAAGAAGAGGCGAAAUCGAGCACAGCUCUGGAGGAUAAACCGAGUCAUGCCGCUGACGGAUCGAGUCAGGUGUUGACGAAGUCGUCAUUCGCGGAUGUGGAGGAAAUUGAGGAUUCGGAAGAUGAGGUCAUACCAUCUCCCAGUCGGCUGCAGAGUCGUUACAAGCGCCAUAUCUCAGAAAGUAGGAGCAGUCAGCCUCUGUCUGUUUCAGCUACGCCAUCCACGCCAUCCAGUCCGACGCGGACAAAUGCUGACUCCGGCACCAAACCGUCUCCUUUUGGUCUUGCAGCAGAGUCUCGUCUGCCAGAUCUGGCCAGCCAGAUAACCAAGGCUGUGCGAUUGCAGCCACGGUCGUUCUCCGUUGACUGCAAGCGCCCUAGCUGGCAUGAGAAAAUCCUGAUGUACGAUCCCAUCAUCCUAGAGGACUUUGCCACCUGGCUCAACAUCGAGGGACUUGGACUUGUCCAUGAAGACAGAGAAGUCAGCGCCGAGUUUGUGAGGCAGUGGUGUGAGAGCAACGGCAUCUGCUGCGGUUUCCGAAAGAACAGCAGACAGUCUGAACGGUAG